AUUGGAUGCAUCGUAGAUGACAUCUCAAUAGACAAAAAGAGUAGUGAACUGGAAAAGCAAGUUUCUGAUCAUUUUGGUACUGAUGAAAUGGAACCAUCCUCUAAAAAGAGUCCCGUGCUUGAUGAUGAUUGCAUUGACAAACAGAUGGAAGUGGCUGAGAAUAUUCCAGAUAUAAUGCAGCAAGUAUCAGACAAGCAAGCAGAGGAAAUGAAGCCAUCACAGGAUGAAACUGAGGUGUUAAAAGUGUCCACGGAGGAAUGUCAGCUUCCACCUGUGACACCUGACACCAUAGCUAAGAUGCCGGAAACCUUCGUUUUGGUAAACAAAGAGAGACCCUCCUUCAGAAAAGAAGAGCAACUAGAAGCAAGGAUAGUGCCACAAAAUGCAGAAGGAGGUAACACUCCUGAAAAUUAUGAAACAUCAUCUCUUCCUGCAAGUGAAAGUUGUGCAACUGACAGUUCACCAUCAGGAGAGAAAUCUUUAAAAUCACCAGCUGAGACAUAUUCUUCAUUUCCAUCAUCUGUUGAAAUAAACAAGACAAGUGUGUCUUCCUCACCAGCAGCUUCAUUAGAGUUAGGCUCUUCACAUGACAUGAUGCGCAGUCAAGCUUCAUCGCUAGAAUCCUCAGCAACUCUUCCAGGAACAUAUGUAUCUUUCACUCCAAAAAUUGGCAUGGGAAAACCAGCUAUCACCAAAAGGAAGUUUUCUCCUGGGAGGCCAAGGUCAAGACAGGGGGCUUGGAGUACCCAUAAUACGGUGAGCCCACCUUCCUGGUCCCCAGACAUUUCAGAAGGUCGGGAAACUUUUAAAUCCAGACUGCUAUCUGGCAGUGCCAUGUGGAGCAUCAAAGUGGGUCGUGGAUCAGGGUUCCCUGGAAAGCGGAGACCACGUGGUGCAGGCCUUUCUGGAAGAGGUGGAAGAGGAAGGUCAAAACUGAAGAACGGCAUUGGGUGUCUUCUUACUCCAGGGGUCAUGGAUAUGGAUACUUUGUCUAGCAAAGACGAGGAAGAAAAUUCAAUGCACAAUACUGUUGUACUAUUUUCCAGCAGUGACAAGUUUACUUUGCAGCAGGAUAUGUGUGUCGUUUGUGGGAGCUUUGGCCAAGGUGCGGAAGGCCGAUUGCUUGCCUGCUCCCAGUGUGGUCAGUGUUAUCAUCCCUACUGUGUCAGUAUUAAGAUUACAAAAGUGGUGCUCCACAAAGGUUGGAGGUGCCUGGAGUGCACCGUAUGUGAAGCCUGCGGGAAGGCGACUGACCCAGGACGGCUGCUUCUUUGUGAUGAUUGUGAUAUCAGUUAUCACACGUACUGCCUAGAUCCACCACUGCAGACAGUUCCCAAAGGAGGGUGGAAAUGCAAAUGGUGUGUUUGGUGCAGACACUGCGGAGCGACUUCUCCUGGCCUAAGAUGUGAAUGGCAGAAUAAUUACACACAGUGUGCUCCUUGUGCAAGUUUAUCUACCUGUCCAGUCUGCUGCUGCAGUUACAGAGAAGAAGAGCUUAUUCUGCAGUGCAGGCAGUGUGACAGAUGGAUGCAUGCAGUCUGUCAAAACUUAAACACAGAAGAGGAAGUAGAAAACACAGCUGACAGUGGUUUUGACUGUUCCAUGUGUAGGCCGUAUAUUCCACCAGCAAAUGUGCCUUCCUCUGAAUGCUGUGAAUCGUCAGUUGCAGCCCAAAUUGUAGCAAAGGCAAAGGAACUUGACCCACCGAAGACAUACACCCAGGAUGGAGUCUGUUUGACAGAAGUAGGACUGUCUCAGUUACAAAGCCUCAGUGCUGUUGUACCAAGAAGAAAACGGACAAAGCCAAAGCUCAAGUUGAAAAUUAUAAACCAGAAUAGUGUGGCCGUACUCCAGACUCCACCUGAUAUACAAUCAGAACAUUCACGGGAUGGCGAGAUGGAUGACAGUAGAGAAGGAGACCUUAUGGACUGUGAAGGAAAAUCAGAUACUAGCCCUGAACGGGAGCCUGCAGAAGAUGAUCCUAAGGGGGUAGAAGGAACAGAUGGGAUCAAGAAGAGAAAAAGAAAACCAUACAGACCAGGCAUUGGUGGAUUCAUGGUGCGUCAGAGAAGUCGUACGGGGCAAGGAAAAACAAAGCGAUCUCUCUCCAGGAAAGAUUCCUCUGGCUCCGUAUCUGAGCAGUUGCCUAACAGAGAGGAAAGCUGGAGCGAACAGUUGCCAGAUACACCAGUGGAUGAAUCUAUUCCUGCUUCUGAAAAUACAGAGAAGAUUAAAAAACGUUACAGGAAAAAGAAAAACAAGCUUGAAGAAACCUUUCCAGUGUACUUGCAGGAAGCAUUCUUUGGGAAAGAUCUCCUAGACACCAGUAGGCAAAGUAAACCAAGUUUAGAUAAUUUAUCUGAAGAAAGCCUUAACAUUUCAUGCAAAGUAAAUUUGAAUACAAGCUUCUUAGAUCCAUCUUCAGACCUACUACUCAGCGCAACUUCUACUCCAGCUCCAUCAAAACUUGGAAUACAAGGUACCUCUGAUGAUCCUUUAGCAGCCCUUUCAGAUGUGUUGAACACUGAAGAGGAUAUUCUUGGAAUACUCUCUGAUGAUUUGGUGAAAUCUGGGGAACAUUCAGGUCUUGAUUUAUGCACUUUCCAGGUUGAGAACUCAUCUUCCCCAUUUGCUGGACUAGAUAUUGGACCCAUCUCUGAAGAUCCCUCCUCUUUGCCUCCACAAUGUGUCAGUCAGACUUCAAGACCGUUGAGUGAAGAACAACUAGAUGGAAUCCUCAGCCCUGAACUGGACAAGAUGGUCACAGAUGGUGCAAUUCUUGGUAAACUGUACAAGAUACCAGAGCUGGAAGGAAAGGAUGUUGAAGAACUGUUCACUGCUGUACUGAGUCCUGCAACCACCCAAUCAGCUCCUUUGCCACAGGCCCCACCUCCACCACAGCUGGUACAUUUGCACAAUCAAGGAGAGAAUGUGUUUUCAAGAGUUCCGCUUAUUAAUGGUUUGAUUGGACCAGCCCCUCAUCUCUCUCAUACCCCAUUGGUUCCUGGAGGCGGAUUAGGCACUUUUCCUACCAUAGCACAACCAUCAUAUACAGAUACCAGGGAUAAGAACGCAACGUUUAAUGCAGUGAUGAAUGAUACCACCAGUUCUUGGGUCCCAUCUGCUGCCCCACUGGAAGGUGAGGGUGACACCAUGUCUAAUGCACAGAGGAGCACUCUGAAAUGGGAGAAAGAGGAAGCACUUGGUGAAAUGGCAACAGUGGCACCUGUUUUAUAUACAAAUAUCAAUUUUCCGAACCUUAAAGAAGAGUUCCCAGACUGGUCAACUAGAGUGAAGCAGAUUGCUAAACUGUGGAGAAAAGCAAGCUCACAGGAAAGAGCGCCAUAUGUGCAAAAGGCCAGAGAUAAUCGAGCUGCUCUGCGAAUCAACAAAGUGCAGAUGUCAAAUGAUUCCAUGAAAAGGCAGCAGCAACAGGAUAGCAUUGAUCCAAGCUCUCGUAUCGACUCUGAACUCUUUAAGGACCCAUUAAAGCAGAGGGAAUCAGAGCAUGAGCAAGAGUGGAAGUUUAGACAGCAAAUGCGUCAGAAAAGUAAACAGCAAGCUAAAAUUGAAGCCACUCAGAAACUUGAGCAAGUAAAAAAUGAGCAGCAGCAACUGCAACAGCAGCUUGGGUCGCAACAGCUCUUGAACCCGUCAGGUUCAGACACACCAAGCAGUGGGAUGCAGAGUCCCUUAACCCCUCAGACUGGCAAUGGAAGUAUGUCUCCUGCACAACAGACAUUCCACAAAGACUUAUUUACAAAACAGUUGCCUGGUACCCCUACUUCCACCCCUUCUGACGUAUUCCUAAAACCACAGCCCCCUCCUCCGCCUGCGACACCAAAUAGAAUGCCUGUUCAAGACGCACAUUCUCAGGCUCCUUCACAACCGAUUUUCCCCCCUAGCUCCUCUAACACUAGACCGCCUUCUCCAGUCGACCCAUAUGCAAAAAUGGUGGGAACGCCCAGGCCACCACCUGUUAACCAAAAUCAAAACUUUGUCAGGAGAAAUUCUGUUACAUCAGCAGAUGUCCGUCCACCCCCAUCACCCAUAUCCAGGCCAGCUCAGGUAUCUGAAUCAACAGGAAGCCGGCCAUCACCAGUCAGAGAUUUGUCUUUGUCUCCCGUCAGCAGUGACCCUUAUUCAAAACCUCCAGAUACACCCAGGCCUAUAGCGGCAACAGAACCAUUCUCAAAACCUUUGGGGCUACCAAGAUCACCUUUAAUUGCAGAACAACCAGGGAAACCUUUAACAGCAGCAAACAACGAUCCGUUCAUGAAGCCAUCUCCUAGAACAGAUGCAUUUCAAAGGCCUCGAAUGUCUCCUGCCGAUUCGUAUGUACGGCUACCGUUGACCCCAACUUCUGUUGUCGAGGGAAGUCCUGGUACAUUUAAAACGCCAAUGCGCCCUCCUCAAUCCCCACAAGAUCCUUAUGCCUCGAUGCCCUCCACCCCAAGACGUAUGAGUGUGGAUCCCUAUGAACGGCCUGUAUUGACACCAAGGCCUGUGGAUAGCUUUUCGCAUAAUUCAUCUAAUGACUUAUACAGUCAGCCCCCUCUGACUCCCCACACAGCAAUAAAAGACACCUUUGCCCAUCCUCAAAGAGUAGUGCGAAACCAGAGUGAUUCUUUUUCUCAGUCUGGAACUAUUUUAAGGGGAGGUGCUCAGGACCCUUAUUCCCAGCCUCCAGGUACUCCACGCCCAGUAUCAGAUCCUUACGCCCAUCCUCCGGGUACUCCGCGCCCAGUCUCGAUCCCUUAUGCCCAGCCUCCGGGAACUCCGCAUCCAGUGUCGGACCCUUACACCCAGCCUCCAGGUACUCCACGCCCAGUGUCGGACCCUUACGCCCAGCCUCCGGGUACUCCGCGCCCAGUCUCGGACCCUUACACCCAGCCUCCGGGUACUCCGCGACCCUCUACUGUUGAUCCAUAUAUGCAUCAACCACCCACCCCAAGACCUGCACAGGCAGCAGACUUAUUUGCUCAGGUUCCAGCUAAUCAAAGGCAUUCUGACCCAUAUGUCAAGCCUCCAGGUACACCAAGACCAGUUAGUAAUGAUCCGUAUUCUCAGCCACCAGCAACCCCAAGGCCUGGAAUAUCAGAAACUUACAGUAGACCAGCUGCGAUGCCCAAUCGAGAUUCUUAUCUACAGAAUAGGACUUUACCUGGGACUUUCGUAAGGCCAUCUGAUCCAUGUACUCAGCCUCCAAGAACAUUGGGAUCUGCUGCAGCAGAUUCUUUUAGCCAUGUUCCAACAGCCCCAUCGUGUGACCCUUAUGAUCAGCCUCCAGUGACUCCAAGACCUCAGCCAGAAACCUUUGGAACUGCUCAGCUUCCCCAUGAUGCUGUAGAUCAACCAAGAUCUGGAUCUGAGGGGAACUUCAGUGCAUCUGCAAACUCUUCCAUGAGCUCACAGGGGCAACAGUUUCCCCAGACCUCUCAAGUUUCUGGCCCAGCACCAACAACAGGAGCAACAAAUACACAGAGCACAAUGUCUCAGGUAGAUGAAGAGAAAUUAAGACAGCGCCAGAAAUUACGUGAAAUUAUUCUGCAGCAGCAGCAACAAAAGAAGAAUGCAGCACGUCAAGAGAAAACACCGCAGCUGCCUGUCACAGCACCUCAUGCAGCUCCUGUUCAGCAAUGGCAGCAGGAGAAUCUGAGCCAGGUUUUCAGUCGGCCUCCUCCACCCUACCCUGGCAAUGUUAGGUCAUCUGUGGUCCCACCUGGUGGCUUAAGGUUCCCGGGGUUUGCUGUUGAUGGACAAUUCAAUAGAUCCCAGUUUCCAGGAGAUCUGGGUGGCAUGGGAGUGAGGCCUCAUGGAAUUAGAUUUGGUUUUUCUGGAGGUGGUCGUGGUCCUCCACAAUGUCAAGAACGUUUCCUUGGUCCUCCACAACAGAUGCAACGUUCUGGAGUCCCACCACAACUAAGAAGAUCCAUGUCUAUCAGUAUGCCUAGACUACCCAACAAACCACAGAUGGGUAACCCUAUUGGAUUGUCUCAGCAUUUCCCACCACAAGGUAUUCAGGUUCAACAGCACAAUAUAAUGGGUCAGGCAUUUAUUGAGCUGUGUCACAGAGCGCCUGAAGGCAGACCAAGGCUUCCUUUUAAUUCCUCCUCAGCUACUGUUAUAAGCACAGUUCCCCAACACCAACAACGUACAGGGUUUUUACCUCAGCAGGACUGCCAAGGCUCAAGACAAUUGGAGCCAGCAAGGCAUAACCCUCAAAGCUUAAACAACCCGUUGCAUGUGUCAACAAGCUUGGAACAUUUACCGCCAUCUCAGCAAGGUCCAGUGAAUCCCAAUCCUGUGCUAGUAAUGUGCCCUUUGAAUAAUCCACCAGUUAAUGAGGCUUUUUCAGGAACUCCUUUGCCAGCAUCGACAUCAGCUGAGACACCAAGGGGUUUACAGAUUCCAACCCAGCACGCUGGUGGAUUAGAGGAAAAGCUUGAUCCUGAUGAUCCUGCUGUGAAAGAUUUAGAUGUCAAAGACCUUGAUGGUGUGGAGGUUAAGGAUUUAGUUGAUGAAGAUCUUGAAAAUCUCAAUCUAGACCCAGAGGAUGGGAAAGGAGAUGAGCUGGACACAUUAGAUAAUCUCGAAACGAAUGAUCGCCACCUUGAUGACAUCCUGAGGUCAGGAGAAUUUGACAUAAUUGCUUACACAGAUCCAGAACUUGAUUUGGGUGACAAAAAGGGUAUGUUUAAUGAGGAACUGGAUCUCAGUGUCCCUAUAGAUGAUAUCCAGGGCAAAGCAGACGAUGCCCAGCAGAAGCCUCAAGAUAAUAAAGCUGCAGUUCCCUCAGACUUGCUUGCUCCUCAGAAAAAACCUGUUGAAGUCACGGAGAUUAAAACAGAAGCGCUCUCUCCAAGUACAUUAGAGGAAACUCAACCUGAAAAUGAAAAAAGUGAUGGGAAUGCGGCAUCCUCAAGCACUCCACUUACCACUGAAACAGAAUUAGUAGAUGGAGAGGAAAAGUCCAUGGUCCUUUGUAAUGUGGAGCUACCAGACAAAGCAAAUACUAACGAGGAAAUCACUGUGUCUAAUCCAGGUGCUGUUCAGGGCUCUGCUCCACCACCUGCUCAAAGUAUAACAAGCCCUUGCAAUAUUUCUGGAUCAACUCCAGUUCUUACAAGUUUGCUAGCUAACGAGAGUUCAGAAAACUCUGAUGUCAGGCCACUGAACUCCCCACCUCACUCUUUGCCAGCAGCACAAGCCAACCCCGUUUCAAGUAUUCCACAGACUUUAAUGACACCUGCUGGUCAGACCAUGGAAAACGCAUUACCUCCGAAUGUGAACAUGGUUCCACAGAUAAGCCAUAAUUUUCCUCAAGGGACAGCAGUGAAUCCAGGCUUCAUCACUGGCCAGCCGGUUGCCCAUAACUUGGAGACAGGGCAUCCAGGUAAUCAAACUGUGCCUGUUGUGAAUCGUCCCGGUCCCAGUGGAAUGCUUCCUUCCCAGCAGAUGAUGCUCCCUCAGGCAUUAGGCCAGCAGCAAAACCGAGAGAGGCCUCUUCUGCUAGAGGAACAGCCUCUUCUGCUGCAGGAUCUUUUGGAUCAAGAAAGGCAAGAGCAGCAGCAGCAGCGGCAGAUGCAGGCCAUGAUUCGCCAGCGUUCAGAGCCAUUUUUCCCCAACAUUGAUUUUGAUGCAAUCACUGAUCCUAUAAUGAAAGCGAAAAUGGUGGCUCUUAAAGGGAUUAAUAAGGUCAUGGCACAGAACAAUAUGGGAAUGCCUCCAAUGGUCAUGAACAGAUUUGCCUUUAUGGGUCAAUCGGUUCCAGGAACACCGAGUGGGGAAGGCCAGAAUCUAGUACAGCAAGCAAUUACACAGGAUGGAAACCUAACACCUCAGAUUUCUAGACCAAACCCUCCAAAUUUUGGUCCUGGUUUUGUAAACGAUUCACAUAGAAAGCAAUAUGAAGAAUGGCUGCAAGAGACACAGCAGCUACUUCAAAUGCAGCAGAAAUUCCUUGAAGACCAAAUCGGAGCACACAGAAAAUCAAAAAAAGCGCUCUCUGCGAAACAGCGUACUGCGAAAAAAGCAGGCCGAGAAUUCCCGGAAGAAGAUGCAGAGCAGCUUAAGCAUGUUACGGAGCAGCAGAGUAUGGUUCAAAAGGAGCUGGAACAGAUACGAAAGCAACAAAAGGAGCAUGCAGAACUCAUCGAAGAGUACCGAAUAAAGCAGCAACAGUGUGGCAUAGGCCCUCAUGCCAUGAUGCCCGGCAUGCCUUCUCAGCCCCCAAUGGUCCCAGGAGGAUCACCACCAGCAAUGGGUCAGCAAAGCUUCCCGAUGGUACCACAACAGCUUCAGCAUCAGCAGCAUACAGCUGGUGUUCCUGGGCAACCCAACCAACCUCGGAUGCCAAGUUUGCCUGGGUGGCAGCCUCCCAACACUGCCCCAACACACAUCUCCCACAAUGCACCAAGGCUGCAGCCUCCACUAGCACAGUUGCCGUUGAAUCCCGUGACACCCACUUCUGUGUCAGCUCCUGGUGCAAGCGUGCAGUCAGGGCCACCGCCACGUGUCGAGUUCGAUGACAAUAACCCGUUCAGCGAAAGCUUCCAGGAGCGGGAACGAAAGGAACGUUUGAGAGAACAGCAAGAAAGGCAACGGAUUCAGCUUAUGCAGGAGGUGGAUCGGCAGAGAGCUUUGCAGCAGAGAAUGGAAAUGGAGCAACAUGGCACAGUGGGCUCAGAAUUAAAUGCUAGGCCUUCCUUGUCCCAAGUACCAUUCUUCAAUUCUGACCUGCCAUGUGAUUUCAUACAGCCUCCACGGCCCCUUCAGCAGUCUCCACAGCAACAGCAACAAAUGGGACCCAUUUUGCAGCAAGGACCGUUGAACAGUGCAUCUGCGCCCAACUUUCUACUGUGUAGUGAGCAACAACCUGUGGGAUCUUCCCCUUUUGGACCUGAUCGACCCCCUGUUCCAGAUGGAAGUCCCACUUUCCAUUCUGUUAAACAAUCCCAUGGAAGUGUCUCUGGGGCCGGUUUUAGUCAGUACCCAGUUAGGCCUCAGUUUGCCCCUGGCUUGCCUGCAGCUUCUCCUGUAGCUGUCCCUGGUUCCCCCUGUAGUCAGGACAGCGGCAUGACCCACGGAACCAACUGCCCUGGAGUAAGUCAGUCUCUCAUUCAGCUGUAUUCUGAUAUCAUUCCGGAGGAGAAAGGCAAAAAGAAAAGAACAAGAAAAAAGAAAAAAGAGGAUGAUGCUGAAUCAGUAAAUACCCCGUCAACACCACACUCAGAUAUAACAGCACCCCCAACACCAAUUGUUUCAGAUUCUGUCUCCACCCCAACAGUUAGCACGCCUGGUGAACUUUCACACCAUCCAGGGGAGGCGGAGGCGGAAGAACUGCCAGGCUCAUCAACUCUGAAUGCUGCGGAGAGUCAGUCUUCCUUAGAACUGAAAGGUCAGCUCUCCGAUAGUGAUUUGCCACAAAACAAAUUGCCUGAGCAAUCAAGCGUAAAGCCAGAGACAGACAAGGUCAAGACAGAUGCUUCUGGGAGCAUUCAGGAAAUUAGACAGGAAAAGACAGAAGCUGAUCAAUGCCCUAGUCAAGCUGAGCCUAAGUUGGAGAAUCAAAGUGGCAUUAAAGUGGAAGAGGAUAAAGCUUCUGCGCUGCCUGCCCCUUUCUCAGAGGGUCAGGCACAACCUACCAGCAUCCCUGCAGCAAAAGGGGAAUCGGGGAACGAACUCCUCAAACACUUGCUUAAGAACAAAAAAUCUGCCUCUCUUCUCAAUCAGAAAUCAAAAAGCGGCUUCCCGUCAGAAGAGAGCACUGAGGAGAGCAAAUUUGUGGCAAAACAGGACCCAGCCGAAAGCAGCAUGCAAUCACUAGGAAAUCCAUUGCAGGGCCCACCUGGAUGCGGUAACAGCCAGCUUCAAAGAGCAGAUGUAGGGCAUGAAAUGAAAAAGCAGCGAAACAAACGAACUCAGAGGGCAGGUGAGAAGACAGCGCCUCGAUCUAAGAAGAGGAAAAAAGAGGAAGAAGAAAAACAGGCUAUUUACCCUAAUGCUGACACAUUUAUGCAGUUAAAACAGCAACUCUCUUUGCUGCCUCUGAUGGAGCCAAUAAUUGGCGUGAGUUUUGCCCACUUCCUGCCGUAUGGCAGUGGCCACCUGAAUAGUGGAAGUCGCCUUAUGGGAAGCUUUGGUAGCGCUACGCUUGAUGGGGUAUCAGAUUACUAUUCUCAGCUAAUUUACAAGCAGAACAACCUGAGCAAUCCUCCCACCCCUCCAGCCUCACUCCCGCCCACACCUCCACCUGUGGCUUGCCAAAAAAUGGUCAAUGGAUUUGCAACCACUGAGGAACUUGCUAGCAAGGCUGGGAUGCUAGGGGGACAUGACGUUACCAAGGCUCUAGGACCCAAGCAGUUUCAGCUGCCCUUCAGACCUCAGGAUGAUUUGUUAGCCAGAGCCAUGGCUCAAGGUCCUAAAAGUGUGGACGUUCCUGCUUCCCUUCCAACCCCGCCUCAUAAUAAUCAUGAAGAACUAAGGGUUCAAGAUCCUUGUGGUGACAGAGACACGCCUGACAGUUUUGUUCCAUCUUCAUCGCCUGAGAGUGUCAUGGGUAUGGAAAUAAGUAGGUAUCCUGACCUGUCAGCUGUCAAGGAAGAGAUCCCAGAACCUGUUCCAUCUCCUAUCAUUCCAAUCCUACCCACCAGUACUGGAAAGGGAUCAGAAGCAAAAAGGAAUUUUAUUAAAACAGAACCUGGCUCCGGGUUUUUUGGCUUUCAGCUUGGACCUUCCCCAAAUGGUCCAAAAUCUGGCCUUGUGUCUGUAGCAAUUACUUUACAUCCCACAGCUGCAGAGAAUAUUGGCAACAUAGUAGCUGCAUUUUCCAGCCUCCUGCAUGUCAGAAUUCCAAACAGUUAUGAAGUCAGUAGUGCCCCAGAUGUUCCUUCUUCAGUGGGAAUGAUGAACACUCCCAGAGCAAAUCCAGCCUUCGAGUACAGACAGCAGCUCUUGCUUCAUGGUCCCCAGCCAGGCACUGUCGGCUCUCUUGGAUUCAUGGGGCCUUAUGGACUCAAACAACCUAACAUGCCAUUUCCACCAAGUGGUAAUGGUUUGGCAGGUUAUAAGGCUCACAGUUCCAGUAUGACGGAUAGUUCCGUGCUGAGGCCACAGUGGUGUUCCCAUUGCAAAGUGGUGGUUCUGGGCAGUGGUGUGCGGAAGUCUUUCAAAGAGCCACCUUUCCUGAAGCAGGAUUCCAGAGAGAGGUCUGAGAGAAUGGAGAAAGAUGUUGUCUUCUGUAGCAAUAACUGCUUUGUCCUCUACUCAGCGUCCAUGCAAGCAAAAAAUUCAGAGAGCAAGGAAUCAAUUCCUUCCUUACCACAGUUCCACAUGAAGGAGGCUCCCCCCAAAGGGUUCCAUCAGUAUAACAACAACAUCUCCACACUGGAUGUGCACUGUCUCCCUCAGUUCCAGGAAAAGGUUUCUCCACCAUCAUCUCCCCUUAUUACCUUCCCUCCCGCUUUUGAAGCAGCUAGGGUGGAGCCAAAACCAGACGAGCUGAAGGUAACCGUGAAACUCAAACCCCGUUUGAGAACAAUACCCAAUGGUCUUGAUGACUGUCGACCAUUAAAUAAGAAGUGGAAAGGAAUGAAGUGGAAGAAAUGGAACAUACAGAUUGUGAUUCCUAAAGGAACCUUCAGGCCUCCUUGUGAUGAGGAGAUAGAUGAGUUCCUCAGGAAACUGGGCACAACCAUUAAACCGGAUCCUGUACCCAAGGACUACCGAAAGUGUUGCUUCUGUCAUGAAGAGGGUGAUGGGUUAACAGAUGGACCAGCCAGACUUCUUAACCUUGACUUAGACCUUUGGGUCCAUUUGAACUGUGCGCUUUGGUCAACGGAGGUCUAUGAGACACAAGCUGGUGCCUUAAUAAAUGUGGAGCUUGCCCUGCGGAGGGGCUUGCAAAUGAAAUGCACGUUCUGUCACAAGAUGGGCGCCACCAGCGGCUGUCACAGGUUAAGGUGCACCAAUAUUUAUCACUUUACCUGUGCCAUUAAAGCACAAUGCAUGUUUUUUAAAGACAAAACCAUGCUUUGCCCCAUGCACAAACCAAAGGGAGCUCACGAGCAAGAACUCAGCUAUUUUGCAGUCUUCAGGCGGGUCUACGUCCAGCGCGACGAAGUCCGCCAGAUUGCCAGCAUUGUACAACGGGGGGACCGAGAACACACUUUCCGGGUGGGAAGCCUUAUCUUCCACACUAUUGGCCAGCUGUUGCCGCACCAGAUGCAGGCCUUCCACUCCUCCAGGGUACUCUACCCUGUGGGCUAUGAGGCCAGCCGGUUAUAUUGGAGUACACGGUAUGCCAACCGCAGAUGUCGCUACCUGUGUUCUAUUGAAGAGAAGGACGGCCUUCCCCUUUUUGUGAUCAGGAUUACUGAACAAGGCCAUGAAGAUGUGGUUCUUACCGACUCAUACCCAAAAGGUGUUUGGGAUAAAGUCCUGGAUCCUGUUGUUGCUGUAAGGAAGAGUUCUGAAAUGCUCCAGCUCUUUCCUGCGUAUCUGAAGGGCGAAGACCUCUUUGGUUUGACUGUCUCUGCAGUGGCAAGAAUAGCAGAAUCUCUUCCUGGGGUUGAGGCUUGUGAGAAUUACACCUUCCGCUAUGGCCGAAACCCACUCAUGGAACUUCCUCUGGCCAUCAACCCCACCGGCUGUGCCCGCUCUGAGCCGAAAAUGAGUACCCAUGUCAAGAGGUUUGUGUUAAGGCCUCAUACCCUGAAUAGCACCAGCACUUCAAAGUCAUUUCAGAGCACAGUUACCGGAGAACUGAAUGCACCUUACAGUAAACAGUUUGUUCAUUCAAAGUCCUCACAGUACCGAAAAAUGAAGACUGAAUGGAAAUCCAACGUGUAUUUGGCACGUUCACGUAUUCAGGGCCUGGGCUUAUAUGCUGCUAGAGACAUUGAAAAGCACACCAUGGUCAUUGAAUAUAUUGGAACCAUCAUCCGCAACGAGGUAGCCAACAGGAAAGAGAAGCUGUAUGAAUCUCAGAAUCGUGGGGUGUACAUGUUCCGCAUUGACAAUGACCAUGUCAUCGAUGCCACAUUGACGGGAGGCCCUGCAAGGUAUAUUAACCAUUCCUGUGCACCAAACUGUGUGGCUGAGGUGGUCACCUUUGAAAGGGGACAUAAGAUUAUCAUCAGCUCCAGCAGGAGAAUCCAGAAAGGAGAAGAGCUCUGUUAUGACUAUAAGUUUGAUUUUGAAGACGACCAGCACAAGAUUCCAUGUCACUGUGGAGCUGUAAACUGCCGGAAAUGGAUGAACUAGAUGCAUUCCUUGCUGUCUCAGAGGGUUGCGUGU